UUCCCCCCCCGGAUACCCUGGGUUAUCGCCGAUUCAAAGGAAUAUGUCUCCUGGAGCGGCUUUUGGGCCCCGGGACCGUCCGGCUGAUUUGCCUGCGUCUCCCCUGCCUGACCGAUUUCCUUGAGGUCUAUCCAGUUCAGACCCCCGGGCCGCCUCCAAGUUUCAGGACUUUGCCUCCAAAUGUGUUGGUCGCCGCCAUGACGCCAAAUCUGAUCCUUCCAGUCAGCUCUCGGUGCAUGCGCCUUGCUUGUGUGGCCGCCGCCGCGUUGCCGCUCGUAUUGUUGCUGCUCUUGGGGGAAGAGGUCGGCCCUCCCUGGCUAACGACUGCCGUUCAAAAGCUUCUACCCAGCCAGGCUCUCUCGUCUCAGCAGGCUGCGCGGAGGAUCUUACCCACCGCCCUUUCCCGGCAGGAAGCGCGUCGUUCGAAUCCCAGCCAGACAGAAGUAAUGACCAGGCUGAUGCCAGCGUCGGGUCGGAACAACACUCUGACAAGUUCUCGGCAACAUGCAAGUCCUGAUGAGCGGUUGCGGAUUCGACUGCUGCGCAGGCGCGGGUUACAAAAAGAAUUGGACAGAGGAGAACCAAACGGAUUGUUGGUUGUGGGUGGAAUUUCGCCCGACGAGUUGGAAGCCGCAGAGGAAGAAGAAGACCAGCGGGAGGGACAAAGAAAGCGGGACAGCUUCAUUUUGCAGCUUGCGUUGGCUGUUGUCUACUAUUUUGCUGUUGUUAGGAAGUACCGGUCGCUGGAAGCCCCUCCAGCGAAUCUCAAAUCUUCACAAAUAUUGGAUCGGUAUGUCUGUUGCGCAGUGUGGGAUGUGAGUCCGCAGAACUUGUUGUUAUCGUGUUACUGCAUGCAGUCCCGCGCGGCGCACACUUUCGACAAGACUGGCGCCUGCGCUUAUUGGCCGAGUUGGCUAUGGAUGUACAUCUGCCCUUGCUGUGCCAUCUGCUACCUCCAGAACUCGGUCAGGCAGGCGAUGAAUGCUAGCCGUGUGAACCCAUUGUCGAAUUGCUGCUCAUCGACGUUCUGCGCGUGCUGCGUGGUCGCCCAGCAAGCUCAGGCGCUGGACUGUGCGACUGGCCAGUGGACCACGUGGUGCGGCGACGUCGCCGGGAGCGGCGAAUGCCGCCCUGGCCAUGGCGAGCGCGAGCGGCUCCUGAAAGCGGCGGCGGUGCCGAAGCACCAGUCGAUGCAGGAUCUUGAUGAGCUGCCUGGUCAGCAGGCGUGA